AUGAUUAAAAUAAUAUUAUUUUUAACAUUGAUAUUGAUUUUUAAUAUCAAUGAUAUUGAAAGUCUGUAUGUUAAAGGACCAUUUCUAAUAGAUAAAGACAAGAUAAUUCUAUUAAGAGGAAUAUCAAGACCAUCUUUAGAGUGGUAUGCAUUCGGUGAAAAUCUAUCAUUGAAUGACUAUAAAUUAAUGAAAGGAUGGGGUGCUAAUGUUGUCAGACUAUCGUUAAAUCAAGAUUUCUGGUUGGAAAAAGCAAAACUUUAUAAUAAAGAAUAUAAAGAGACAGUUGCCAAACAAGUAAAGAUGAUAAGAUCACUUGGAAUGUAUUGUAUCUUAGAUUUACAUUGGUCAGACGAUGGAGAUAUCAAUACGGAGCAGGCAGGUCAAAAAAGAAUGGCAGAUGAAAAUUCGAUUGAAUUUUGGAAACAAGUAGCACCUAUUUACAAGAAUGACACUGGUGUCCUCUUUGAAUUGUAUAAUGAACCGCUGCUACUUCCUUGGCGAGUAUGGAAAGAGGGUGGUGUUUACAACGGUAAGAAAUACAUUGGAAUGCAACAACUCUAUGAUGCCGUUAGAAAUCAGUCCGCUGAAAACAUUGUUAUCAUAAAUGGAAUAAGAUGGGGAUUUGAUUUAUAUGGUGCAAAAGAUUUAGUAUUUCCAGGUUACAAUAUAAUGUUUGGUACACAUCCCUAUAAAGAUCCAACACGUGUUAAAAAGUAUUGGGAUCAAACAUUUGGUGAUCUAAGUGACAAAUAUCCAAUUAUAGCAACAGAAUUUGGUGAAUUUACAUGUGAUACAAAUUAUACAAAAGAGUUUUUGGAUUAUGCUGAUAUGAAGGAAAUACAUUGGAGUGCUUGGGGUUGGUAUAAGAAGGAUUGUGCAUUCCCAUCGGUCAUAGCAGAGUGGGACGGAACACCAAGUGCCGUAGGAGAGUUGGUUAAAGAAUCACUUACACGUACCAUCAAAGAGAUCAAUAUCAACUUUUUAGACAUUGAAGACAAAGAUAAAGAUAAUGAAAAGGAAAAGGAAAAAGAAGAAGAAGAAGAAGGAAAAGAAGCAAAAGAAAAAGAGAAAGAAAAUGAAAAAGAUACAGAUCAUCAUCGUCAUCAUAAUACUUCUAAAGAGAAUGUAACACCUCUUAAGAGUGCUGAAGAUGAAGAGAGAGAUUUCAUUGAUGACUUUGAAACCAUUGACGAAGAGAAAGACGAUGACAUGAGUGUUGGAAGUUCAGAAAUUGGUGCAAUAGUAUCAGCUGCAAUCGAUGUAGAAAAUAAUAAAACAUAA